AUGGCGGUGUUGGUGGAUACUGGCCGCCUGUCUUUGGUCAGCGACGCGGAUCUCCAUCAAGCCCAUGUCGCCCUGCAGCAUCAACAGAGCUCGGAAGUCUCUGUACCUCGAGAGUUUAUCUCUCAUAUCGUCGAGGAGCUCAUCUAUCGCCGCGAGCAACACUCCUCCAUCGCGAAAAUCGAACAAGAGUGUACCCAUCUGCGCAAAGAACUUCGCAAACACACUCAUAUCAAUGAAGCAUUCCAGAAGGAGCUGCUCGAGAUCGGAGAGAUCAUUACCCAGGUUGCGCAUGGCGAUCUCUCCCAGCGUGCCCGUGUGCAUCCCUUGGAGAUGUCGCCGGAGAUUGCAACCUUCAAGCAGACCAUCAACACCAUGAUGGACCAGCUGCAGGUGUUUAGUCAGGAGGUUUCAAAGGUUGCGCGCGAGGUCGGCACUGAGGGCGUGCUCGGCGGCCAGGCGAAGAUAGAAGGAAUCCAGGGUAUCUGGCAUGAACUGACUGUCAACGUCAAUGCCAUGGCGAAUAACCUCACGACCCAAGUCCGCGAUAUCACUACUGUCACAACUGCAGUAGCUCAGGGCGAUCUGACGCGUAAAGUGCAGGCGGACUGCAAGGGCGAGAUUUUGCUACUGAAGAAUAUCAUCAAUUCGAUGGUCGAUCAGCUAAGAGAGUUUGCUUUCGAGGUUAGCCGGGUGGCUCGCGAGGUCGGAUCAGAUGGUACACUUGGUGGUCAGGCAGUUGUUCACGGUGUCGAGGGCACUUGGAAGAAUCUCACAGAUAAUGUCAAUCGCAUGGCAUCAAAUCUAACCCAGCAAGUGCGUGAGAUUGCCAAGGUGACGACUGCUGUGGCUCGAGGUGAUCUCACAAUGAAGGUGACUGCCGACGUCAAGGGCGAGAUUCUCGAUUUGAAACUUACUAUAAACGCCAUGGUCGACCGGCUCAAUCAAUUCGCUUUCGAGGUUAGCCGUGUGGCGCGAGAAGUCGGAACCGAUGGUACACUGGGCGGACAAGCACAAGUGGAGAAUGUUGAGGGUCGUUGGCGUGAUCUGACAGACAAUGUCAACACUAUGGCGCAGAACCUCACAAUGCAGGUCCGGCAGAUUUCCAACGUGACUCAAGCGAUUGCACGGGGUGAUCUCAGCACCAAGAUCGAGGUUCAUGCACAAGGCGAGAUCUUGACACUAAAAGAAACUAUAAACAGUAUGGUCGAUGGCCUCGGACACUUUGCCAGCCAAUUAAAAAGCGUGGCAAGAGAUGUUGGUGUUCGAGGUGUGCUCGGUGGACAGGCAAAUGUCGAUGGGUCUCUCGGUAUCUGGCGUUCAAUAAGCGAGGAUGUCAACACUAUGGCUGAGAACCUGACUUCUCAAGUUCGAGCCUUCGGUGAGAUCACAGAGGCCGCGAUGAGCGGCGACUUUAGCAAAUUGAUUACCGUGUCGGCUUCUGGUGAGAUGGAUGAGUUGAAACAGAAGAUCAAUAAAAUGAUCUUUGGGCUGCGGGACAGCAUUCAGCGCAAUACUGCUGCUCGUGAGGCCGCCGAGUUGGCGAAUCGCAGCAAGUCCGAGUUCCUCGCCAACAUGAGUCAUGAGAUUCGUACACCGAUGAACGGGAUUAUCGGUCUUUCGAGUCUGGCCCUUGAUACGGACGAUCUUCCUUCGCACGUGCGAGAAACAUUGAAUAUGGUUCACAACCUCGCGAACAGCCUUCUUACAAUUAUCGACGAUAUUCUCGACAUUUCCAAGAUUGAGGCCAACCACUUGAAAAUCGAAAAGACACCAUUCAGUCUCGGAGUGACAGUCUUUAGUGUUUUGAAAGCGCUCGCCGUAGAGACCAACGAGAAGGCUUUGAACCUGGUCUACACGAUCGAUGGAAAUGUGCCUGAUUACCUUGUCGGUGAUGCCUAUCGACUCCGACAAGUCAUGCUAAAUCUGGUGGGCAAUGCAAUUAAAUUCACCGAGGCCGGGGAAAUCCAGGUUGCUAUCAAGCGCUCUUCAAACACCCAGUGCGAGCUUGAUGAAACAAUCUUCGAAUUCUCGGUUUCAGACCCGGGAAUCGGAAUUGAGGAGAGCAAGCAAAGUCUCAUUUUCGACAAGUUCCAGCAAGCAGACGGGUCAAUGACGCGUCGUUUUGGCGGAACUGGCUUGGGUCUUGCCAUCUCAAAGCGACUUGUGGCUCUCAUGGGAGGUGUUAUAUGGGUGGAUUCACAACCCGGCCAGGGCAGCACAUUCUCCUUUACCUGCCGUCGGGUUCUGAUAAUUGAUGAGGGCCACAUGGAAGGAUUCCAGGCUGCGCAAAUGUUGCUUGGACUAGGGCUUGAGCCUCUGGUCAUGACUAGCCAUCAGCUUGCGUCCGGACCGUUUAAGUCUGAAUGGAGUUACUCCGUUGCCGCAAUUCUAGUUUCCUCGAUCGAGACAGCGGAGAUGCUGCGAGCUUGCGGAGAUUUUAGUACCAUCCCAAUGGUACUUACCGCGCCCCUAGUUUACCUCACGAUCAAAUCGGCCGGUGAGCUCGGUCUCAUGUCCUACAUCGCAACUCCAUGUCGCCCGGUCGACUUAUGGAAUGGUCUUUUACCCGCCCUGGGUAAUCGCUCUAAUCACGCGCCAUCAGGGUAUACCCGUUCACUGGCCAUUUUGCUGGCAGAAGAUAACGGUGUGAACCAAAAGGUGGCCGUACGCAUGCUCGAGAAGUUCAAUCACAACGUGACCGUGGUAGAAAAUGGACUGCAGUCCGUCAACGAGGUCAAGAAGCACCGAUACGACGUCAUCCUCAUGGACGUCCAGAUGCCUGUUAUGGGCGGCUUCGAGGCAACGGGUAAGAUCAGAAACUACGAGAAGGCUAACGGAUUGCCGCGCACUCCCAUCGUCGCUCUCACUGCACACGCGAUGCUGGGAGACCGCGAGAAAUGCCUCGCCGCUGGCAUGGACGAUUAUCUUCCCAAACCAUUGGACCCGAACCGAAUGAUGCAGACAAUUCAGAAGUGGUCUUCUAUGACCAUCCCUUCUCUACAGGCUCUUGCGUCUUGA